AUGGUCGAAAUUCAGGAUUAUACCAAGGCUCUGGACAUCCUCAAGGAGUAUUCCUCCGGAGAUGGCCUCCACGUUGAUACCCUGCUCGACUCGGACAAGCAUGGUGCCUUGACUUACAACGACUUCCUUGUUUUGCCCGGCUCGAUCACUUUCCCGGCUUCGGAAGUUAGCUUGGAGACCCAUGUAACCAGGCGGUUCACCCUCAAGGCACCUCUCCUGUCUUCGCCCAUGGAUACCGUGACGGAACAUAAUAUGGCCAUCCAUAUGGCUCUUCUGGGUGGUCUGGGCGUCAUCCACAAUAAUUGCCCGGCGGACGAUCAGGCCGAGAUGGUGCGCAAGGUGAAACGCUACGAAAAUGGGUUCAUUCUCGACCCUGCUGUUCUGUCUCCGACGGCGACGGUCGCAGAUGCAAAGCAGCUCAAGGCCAAAUUGGGGUUCGGAGGGUUUCCCGUGACUGAAAAGGGAACCCUUCAUUCCAAGCUCCUCGGCAUCGUCACCAGCCGAGACAUCCAGUUCCAUAACCAGCUGGACGACCCAGUCACGGCUGUAAUGUCGACGGAGCUGGUCACUGCGCCGGCAGGGACCACUCUCGCCGAGGCCAACGAGGUACUCCGGAGCUCGAAGAAGGGCAAACUGCCGAUCGUCGACCAAGACGGCUCCCUGAUUUCGUUGCUCUCUCGUAGUGAUCUGAUGAAGAACAUCUACUAUCCGCUCGCCUCAAAGGUCCAAUCCAAGCAGUUGCUUUGCGCGGCAGCCGUGAGCACCCACGAGGUCGAUAAGAUCCGGCUGCAGAAGCUCGUCGACGCGGGCCUGGACAUUGUCGUCGUGGACAGCAGCCAGGGACAUAGCCUGUACCAGAUUGCGAUGAUCAAAUACAUCAAGCAGAACUUCCCCCAGAUUGACGUUAUCGGUGGCAAUAUCGUCACCCGCGAGCAGGCUGCCGCCUUGAUUGCUGCCGGUGCCGAUGGGCUGAGAAUCGGUAUGGGCAGUGGCAGCGCGUGCAUCACGCAAGAGGUUAUGGCCGCCGGUCGUCCCCAGGCCGCAGCCGUGCGCAGUGUGUCUUCUUUUGCCGCGCGGUUUGGCGUGCCCUGUAUUGCGGAUGGCGGCGUCCAGAACCUCGGCCAUAUCGUGAAGGGGCUGGCACUAGGUGCCUCGACGGUGAUGAUGGGAAGCCUGCUUGCUGGAACCACCGAGUCCCCGGGCGAUUACUUUGUAAGCAAUGAAGGUCAGUUGGUCAAAGCCUACCGGGGUAUGGGGAGUGUUGCCGUGAUGGAGGACAAAACCAAGAGUGGCAGCAACGCCGGCGCGUCGCGAUACUUCUCUGAGAAUGACAAGAUCAAGGUUGCGCAGGGCGUGGCGGGCUCGGUUGUUGAUCGUGGUUCUAUCACUCAGUUUGUGCCUUACCUUGUGGCUGGGGUGCAGCAUUCUCUUCAGGAUAUCGGCGUUCAGAGUCUUGAUGCCCUGCGUGAUGGGGUGAACAACGGACAGGUUCGCUUUGAGAUGAGAAGCGCCAGCGCGCAGACUGAGGGCAAUGUCCAUGGCUUGCACAGCCAUGAGAAAAAGCUCUACGCUUGA